AUGAUCCUGGGCCCGGUGUCGUAUCUGGACUGCAUCGUCUUCUGCGUCUUCCUCGCGCUGCAGCUGCUGAUCCACGUCGGCCUCAUCGAGACGGUCGGCGUGGUGCUGCAGUGUCUGCCUUUCCUGUUGUUCAAGCUGCCCUACGGCUUCAUCCACGAGCGCUACUUGGUCAAGCCCGCGGACCAGACGCCCUUUGUGCAGCAGGCGUCCCAGUUCGAGGACUUUGUCAUCCGCUGCGUUCGAUAUGCCUUCGCCAACGUUCCGCCCAAGGUUGGGAGGGUGUUUUUCUCCAAACCCGUGGCUCUGCCGUUCUUGCGGUUCAGAAUGCUGAGGCAUGGCUAUCUCAACUGCCCCGUGCACUGGCACGAGUACAAUGAUAAGCGUUUCAAGGGCAUCUGGAUGAUUCAAGAUCCGAUGAAGAAACCCGACGUCUGCAUAUACUAUGCUCAUGGCGGCGGUUUCUCGAUGGGCUCAUCGUAUUUCUACCUCGAAUUUCUUCUCACAUGGCUGAGCCUCUUGGGUGAGGCAGGCUACAGGAAUCCAGCAAUCUUUGCUCUAGAGUAUACACUGGUUCCCGACAGCAGCUUUCCCACACAACUGGAGGAGACAAUAGCUGGUUACGAACACGUGCUAUCUAUGACGGGCGAUCCGGACAAAGUCUGCCUGAGUGGAGACUCGGCAGGGGCGACUCUUGUCCUCAGCUUGUUGCUGCAUUUAGGCAACCUCGGUCGACAUUCGGAGAAGAUGGAUGGCGUAGGAUCCUGGCAACUUGCAAAGCCUGGUUUCGCUGUGCUCAUCUCGCCUUGGGUAACGCUAGUAUCGGACAAGCACCGAAAUACUGCUAGCGACUACCUUGACGCCGGACACUUGCAUCGAUAUGCUCAUCAGUACUCUGGCCAGGAUGCCCCGACGGAUGAUCCUCUCCUGUCUCCGGGUGACUGCAGAGAUGUUUCCUGGUGGAGAAAAGCCUGUCCAACCAGAGGGAUCUAUGUGGCGUAUGGAGCCGAAGAGGUUUUCGCGCCGGAAGUAGAAGAUUUGGUCAGAUUCUUGAAGGAUAAUGAUGUGAAAGUCGGGAGUAGAGAGGAGGCGCGAGGCAUCCACGCUUGGCCUGUCGCGUCGUUGUUCCUUAGCAGCCAGCCCGAGAAACGCCAAAAAGGACUGAAAGCGCUGGUUGGAGAAAUUAAAAUUAACAUAUAG